AUGAAAGCCAUCAAUAAAGAGGGGUAUUUCGCCAGGUCGGCGGAAUUAAAAGACAUUUUCAAUAAAGGAUGUAUUAAUCGUGCAACUGCGGACUUCUUUCAAGAUAGGAAAAUGAGACUUAAAACAGGAGUUGUAUUUUGGAAUCUCAUCUUUUUCAUGACGUUCUCUUGUGUGCAAGGUUUUAUUAGUAACUGUGGUGGGACUUUAAAAGGAAGAAAUGGUACCAUAGAGAGCCCAGGUUUUCCAUAUGGAUAUCCGAACGGUGCCAACUGCACAUGGGUCAUCGUCGCAGAGGAGAGGAACAGAAUUCAGAUCGUCUUUCAGUCUUUUGCAGUGGAGGAGGAAUACGAUUUUUUGUCUCUUUAUGACGGACAUCCCCAUCCAGCAAAUUUCCGGACGAGAUUGACAGGAUUCCAGAUCCCGCCCCCUGUCACCAGCACAGGGUCAGUUUUUUCCCUGCGUCUUACCAGCGACUUUGCUGUAAGCGCUCACGGAUUUAAAAUGUACUAUGAAGAGUUGCAGAGCAGCUCCUGCGGAAAUCCAGGCGUUCCACCGAAAGGUAUCCUCUAUGGGACAAGUUUCCAGGUGGGAGACAAGAUCCGAUACAGCUGUGUGACGGGGUAUGUCCUGGACGGGCACCCCCAGCUGACUUGUGUCACCAACGCGGGCAACGCUGCUGUGUGGGACUUUCCCAUCCCCAUCUGCAGAGCUGAGGACACUUGUGGUGGGACACUGAGAGGUACAAGUGGAAUAAUUUCCAGCCCAAAUUUCCCGGGUGAAUAUCACAACAGUGCAGACUGCACAUGGACCAUCCUUGCUGACCCAGGUGACACCAUCUCCAUCAUCUUCACCGACUUUCAGUCAGAGGAAAAGUACGACUAUCUGGAAGUCGAGGGCUCUGAGCCUCCGACAAUAUUGUUGUCUGGCAUGAAUAUACCUCCGCCAGUUGUUAGCAACAAGAACUGGCUAAGGCUUCACUUCGUGACUGACAGCAAUCAUCGGUUUAGAGGCUUCAGCGCGCAAUAUCAAGUGAAAAAGUCUGUAGAUUUUAAAUCCAGAGGAGUGAAGUUAUUUCCAGGCAAAGACAACGGCAACAAAUUCCCCAUCUUGAAUGAUGGAGGCAUAAAGCAAGCAUCAAAUUCCUGUCCUGACCCUGGGGAGCCAGAGAAUGGAAAGCGCAUUGGGUCAAACUUCAGCAUCGGGGCCACUGCUCUGUUCACGUGCGACGAGGACCACGUUCUUCAAGGCUCCAAAACCAUCACCUGCCAGAGGGUGGCUGAGGUCUUCGCGGCCUGGAGCGACCAUCGACCUGCCUGCAAAGUGAAAACAUGUGGAUCAAACCUUCAGGGACCCUCCGGUACUUUCACAUCUCCUAACUUCCCCAUUCAGUACGAGAGCAACUCCCAGUGUGUGUGGAUAAUUACCGCAAGCAACCCCAAUAAGGUAAUUCAGAUUAACUUUGAAGAGUUUGACUUGGAGAUCGGAUAUGACACGUUAACUAUUGGAGAUGGAGGGGAGGUCGGAGACCCUCGAGCUGUACUCCAAGUCUUGACGGGCAGUUUUGUUCCUGACCUCAUUGUCAGCAUGAGUCAUCAGAUGUGGCUCCACUUGCAGUCUGAUGAGAGCGUGGGAUCAAUAGGAUUUAAGAUCAACUACAAAGAAAUAGACAAAGAGAGCUGUGGGGAUCCUGGGACGCCGCUUUACGGGAUUCGAGAUGGGGGAGCCUUCUCCAACGGGGAUGUUCUGCGCUUCGAGUGUCAGUUUGGAUUUGAGCUCAUCGGAGAGAGGACUAUCUCCUGCCAGAACAACAACCAGUGGUCUGCUAAUAUACCUAUCUGCAUAUUUCCCUGCUUGUCAAACUUUACGGCACCUGUGGGCUCUGUCCUGUCACCUGAUUACCCAGAAGGCUACGGGAACAAUCUCAACUGCGUGUGGCUCAUCCUCUCAGAACCUGGCAGCAGGAUACACCUGGCCUUCAACGACUUUGACCUGGAAGCGCCGUACGACUUCCUGGCUGUUAAGGACGGCGAGCUUCCAGAAGCAGCCGUGCUGGGCCGCUUCUCUGGAGCUGAGGUGCCCUCUCACCUCACCAGCAACAACAACGUGCUGAGGCUGGAGUUCCAGGCUGACCACUCCAUGUCUGGCCGUGGCUUCAACAUCACCUACAGCACUUUUGGACACAAUGAGUGCCCUGACCCCGGGAUGCCCCUAAAUGCCCGGCGUUUUGGGGACAGUUUCCAGCUGGGCAGCUCCAUCUCAGUGGUCUGUGAGGAAGGCUUCAUAAAGACACAGGGAGCUGAGACUAUCACCUGUGAGUUAACCAACGGGCAGGUCAUGUGGAGUGGACCCAUUCCAAAAUGUGAAGCACCUUGUGGAGGCCAUUUCACAGCCCCCAGGGGGGUGAUCCUGUCUCCCGGGUGGCCAGGUUACUACAAGGACUCUCUCAGCUGUGAGUGGGUCAUCGAGGCUGAGCCAGGGCGGUCCAUUAAGAUCACAUUUGACAGAUUUCAGACAGAACUCAAUUAUGACUUUCUGGAGCUUCAUGAUGGGCCCAAUCUGCUGUCCCCUGUCAUCGGCUCCUUCAAUGGCACCCAGGUCCCCCAGUUUCUGUUCUCCAGCGGCAACCAGCUGUACCUGCUCUUCACCACAGACAACAGCCGCUCCAAUAGUGGAUUCAAGAUCUUCUAUGAAAGCGUGACUGUUGACAGCUACUCCUGCCUGGACCCAGGGGUUCCAGUCAACGGGAAGCGCCACGGCCAAGAUCUGUCCAUCGGGUCCUCGGUAUCCUUCGGCUGCGACCCAGGCUACACGCUGAGUCAUGACGAGGCACUCGUGUGCGAGAAGAACCGCUGGUGGAACCACCCGCUGCCUGCCUGUGAGGCUCUCUGCGGUGGUGACAUCAGAGGCCCCAGUGGAACCAUUCUGUCCCCUGGAUACCCCGAGCUGUACCCCAGCUCUCUGAACUGCACUUGGACGGUGGAGGUUAGCCAUGGAAAAGGAGUUCACUUCACCUUUCACAGCUUUCAUUUGGAAGAUCACCAUGACUACUUACUGAUCACGGAGAACGGCAGCUUCACCCAUCCUCUGGCCCGGCUCACCGGCUCCGUCCGCCCGUCCGCGGUGAACGCCGGACUCUACGGGAACUUCAAAGCUCAGCUGCGCUUCAUUUCAGAUUUCUCCAUAUCAUUCGAGGGCUUCAACAUCACGUUCUCAGAAUAUGACUUGGAGCCAUGCGAGGACCCGGGAAUGCCGAGAUUCGGCUGGCGCAUGGGCCACAGCUUUGGUGUGGGAGACCUUCUCAGGUUCUCCUGCAACGCAGGCUACCGCCUGGAGGGGGUGUCGGAGGCCGUGUGUCUCGGGGGUGGACGGCGUAUGUGGAGUGCACCUCUGCCAAGGUGUGUGGCGGAAUGCGGCUCUUCUGUACGGGAAAAUGAGGGAAUACUGUUGUCCCCAAAUUACCCCCUGAACUAUGAGAACAACCAUGAGUGCAUCUACAGCAUCCAGGUGCAUGCUGGGAAGGGAAUCAACAUCACAGCCAGAGCAUUCCAUCUGGGACAGGGAGACUACCUAAAGAUCUACGAUGGGAGAGACAACACGGCGCAGGUGCUGGGCAUGUUCACAGGGUCGGCCAUGCUCGGCCUGACGCUCAUCAGCACCUCCAACCACAUCUGGCUGGAGUUCUUCUCUGACUCAGAGUCCACGGGCCAGGGCUUCAGGCUGCUGUACACGAGUUUUGAGCUCUCCCACUGUGAAGAUCCCGGGGUCCCCCAGUUUGGCUUCAAGAUCAGCGACCAGGGCCACUUUUCUGGCAGCAGCGUGGCCUACAAGUGCAACCCGGGCUACACCCUGCACGGGAGCAGCGUGCUGAGGUGCAUGACCGGGGAGAGACGUGCCUGGGACAACACUCUCCCCUCCUGCAUAGCGGAGUGUGGCGGUACUUUCAAAGCAGAGUCAUCAGGGAGCAUCCUGUCCCCUGGUUACCCGUUUCCCUACGACAACAACCUGCGCUGUACCUGGGUCAUCGAGGUGGAGCCAGGGAACAUCGUCAGCCUCCAGUUCUUGGCAUUCGAUACGGAGGCAUCCCAUGACAUUUUGCGCAUUUGGGAUGGGCCAGUGGAGAACGAAAUGCUCCUGCGGGAGGUGAGCGGAUCCCUGCUCCCGGAAAGAGUCCACAGCACUCUCAACCUGGUCACCAUCCACUUUGAGACUGACUUCUACAUCAGCAAGUCCGGCUUCGCCAUUGAGUUCUCCAGUUCAGUAGCAACAGCCUGCCGAGACCCUGGCGUGCCAAUGAAUGGCAGUCGCUAUGGUGAUGGGAAGGAACCUGGUGACACCGUGACCUUUCUCUGUGACCCGGGGUAUGAGCUUCAAGGAGAAGCAAAGAUCGCAUGCAUUCAAGUCGAUAACCGAUACUACUGGCAGCCAAGUCCUCCUGUCUGCAUAGCACCCUGUGGGGGAAAUCUGACAGAUUCUUCAGGGUUCAUCCUGUCCCCGAACUUCCCUCACCCCUACCCUCAUAGCAAGGACUGCGACUGGCUUAUCGCCGUCAAUGCUGACUAUGUCAUAUCCCUGGCCUUCAUCAGCUUCAGCAUCGAGCCCAACUACGACUUCCUGUACAUCUAUGAUGGUCCAGACAGCAGCAGUCACCUGAUUGGCAGCUUCCAGGACAGCAAGCUGCCCGAGAAGAUCGAGAGCUCCUCCAACGCCAUGCAGCUGGCCUUCCGCAGUGACGGCUCCGUCAGCUACACAGGCUUUCACCUGGAGUACAAAGCCAAGCUGCGGGAGUCCUGCUUCGAUCCCGGCGGGGUGAUGAACGGGACCAGACUGGGGAACGACUACAAGCUGGGAUCGUCGGUGACGUUCCGCUGCGCGCCUGGAUACGUGCUGCAGGGCUACUCCACCCUCACCUGCAUGAUGGGGGACGACGGCAGGCCCCAGUGGAACAGGGCCCGGCCCAGUUGCCAAGCUCCGUGCGGAAGCCGGUCCACAGGGACGGAGGGCACGGUCCUGUCGCCCAACUUCCCCCGAAACUACACCGCGGGCCACAGCUGCGUCUACGCCAUCUCCGUCCCCCGGGAGUUCGAAAUAUUUGGUACUUUGUGUAACUUCCAGACCUCCCUGAAUGAUGUUGUUGAGAUCUACGAUGGACCAACUCAAGAGACGUCUCUUCUCUCCUCCCUCUCUGGCUCCCAUUCAGGAGAAUCUCUGCCUUUGAGUUCAGGUAAUCAAAUCACCAUCAAGUUCACCGCUGUGGGACCUCAAACAGCGAAAGGCUUUCACUUUGUGUACCAAGCGGUCCCGAGGACCAGCGCCUCCCAGUGCAACUCGGUCCCCGAGCCGCGGUUCGGGAAGCGCAUCGGGAACGAUUUUGGAGUGGGCUCGUCGGUGCUGUUCGAGUGCGCCCCCGGGUACACCCUGCACGGGCCCACGGCCAUCAGGUGCGAGGCCAUCCCCGACGCCCUGGCCCAGUGGAACGACUCCCUGCCCACCUGCGUCGUGCCCUGCGGAGGCGUCCUGACCGCCCGUCGCGGGACCGUGCUGUCCCCUGGAUACCCCGAGCCCUACGACAACAACCUGAACUGUGUGUGGAGGGUCUCCGUGCCGGAGGGAGCCGGCAUCCAGAUCCAGGUUGUGAGUUUUGGCACGGAGCACAACUGGGACUCUCUGGAUUUCUACGACGGGGCCGAUCACAACGCCCCGAGACUCGGCAGCUAUUCCGGGACAACAAUCCCUCAGCUUUUGAACAGCACUUCAAACAACUUGUACCUGACCUUUCAAUCGGACAUCAGCGUAUCAGCAGCGGGAUUCCACCUGGAGUACACAGCAAUAGGUUUGGAUUCCUGCCCAGAGCCACAGAGCCCCAACAAUGGAGUUAAAGUGGGUGAGCGCUUUCUGGUAGGAGAUGUGGUCUCCUUUCAGUGUGACCCAGGUUACUCUCUGCAGGGUAACACAUAUAUAACAUGCAUGCCUGGACCAGUCAGAAGAUGGAAUUUUCCAGUACCGUUGUGUCUCGCUCAGUGUGGUGGAUCGAGGACGGAUUUCAGUGGCGUGAUCCUGAGUCCUGGUUUUCCGGGGAAUUACCCCAGUGGGCUGGACUGCAGCUGGACUAUUGAACUUCCUGUCGGUUACGGAAUCCACAUUCAGUUCCUGAACUUCUCGACAGAGGCCAUCCAUGACUACCUGGAGAUCCGCAGUGGUUCACAGGAGAUGGGCUCUGUGAUUGACAGGUUCAGCGGCCCAGGGCUUCCCGAGCCUCUCUUCAGCACCACCCAUGAGACCAGCUUUUUCUUCCACAGUGACUACUCGCAGAACAAGCCCGGCUUCCACAUCAUUUACCAGGCUUAUGAGCUGCAGAGUUGUCCUGACCCACGGCCAUUCCGCAAUGGCAUCGUGAUUGGGGCUGAUUUCGGUGUUGGUCUGACCGUAUCCUUCGAGUGCCUCCCUGGGUACUCCCUGAUUGGUGAAGCCUCCCUCACCUGUCUCCAUGGAGUCAGCCGGACCUGGAACCACCCUGUGCCACGCUGUGAAGCUCUGUGCGGGGGAAACAUCACUUUGGUGAAUGGGACCAUCUACUCCCCCGGGCAUCCUGCAGAGUACCCCAACUUUCAGGACUGCCUUUGGAACAUCAGAGUGCCACCAGGAAAUGGAAUUCACAUCAACUUCACUCUCCUGAGCACUGAACCUAUCUAUGACUAUAUCACUGUUUGGGAUGGACCCGAUCAGAACUCACCACAGAUAGGACAGUUCAGUGGGACCGCCGCCCUGGAAGCUGUACAGAGCACCUCUAACCAGGUGCUCAUCAAGUUCCACAGUGACUUCAGCGGCAGUGGCUUCUUCGUGCUCUGUUACCACGCUUACCAGCUUAGAGUCUGCCAGCCUCCCUCAGCUGUCGCCAACGCUGACGUCCUGACAGACGAUGAUGAAUUUGAAAUAGGUGACAUCAUCAGGUACCAGUGCCACCCCGGGUUCACCCUGGUGGGGAACGAGGUGUUGACCUGCAGGCUGGGGGAGAGGCUGCAGAUGGACGGGUCUCCACCGGCAUGCCAAGCACAGUGCCCUGCCAGUGAGGUGCGCUUUGACUCUACAGGGGUGAUCCUAAGCCCCGGCUUCCCAGACAGCUACCCCAACCUGCAGACCUGCUCCUGGACCAUCAGUGUGGAGAAGGGCUACAACAUCACCCUGUACUUUGAGCUCUUCCAGACUGAGAAGGAGUUUGACAUCCUGGAAAUCUUUGAUGGUCCUACCAUUCACAGUCAAAGUCUGGCUUCCCUGAGUGGUGACCAUCCUACACCCUUCAACAUCUCUACCACCGGUCACCAGCUUUUCCUGCGCUGGUCUUCUGACCACGGCACCAACAAGAAGGGCUUCAACCUCAGAUAUGUUGCUCUGUACUGCAGCACCCCGGACUCCCCCCCCCACGGGUCGGUGCUCAGCCAGACGGGGGGGUAUCUGAACAGCGUGGUGCGCUGGGCCUGCGACCGCGGGUACCGGCUCAUCGGCCAGAGCUCGGCCGUGUGCCGGAAGACUCCGUACGGCUACUACACCUGGGACUCGCCCGUCCCGGCCUGUCAAGCUGUGUCCUGCGGAAUACCCAAAGCCCCUGCUAACGGGGGUGUGCUGAGUGCAGAUUACUCCGUGGGCACGCACGUCACAUACUUCUGCCACGACGGCUACCGGCUCUCCUCCAAGGAGCUAACGACCGCCGUGUGCCAGCCUGACGGAACCUGGAGCAACCACAACAAAACCCCCCGCUGCUCAGUGGUGACCUGUCCUAGCAUCGGCUCCUUCACACUGGACCACGGCAGGUGGAGAAUCGUCAACGGAUCCAAUUACGAGUACAGGACGAAGGUCAUCUUCACCUGCGACCCGGGGUACUUCCGCCAGGGCCCCGCCCACGUACAGUGCCUGGCCAAUGGAGUGUGGAGCUGGCGCAACGAGAGGCCACACUGCCAGAUCGUUUCCUGCGGUGAGCUCCUCACACCCCCGCACGGGCGGAAGAUUGGGACGCAGAAUACCUUCGGAGCGACGGCCAUCUUCACCUGCGAACAGGGAUACGUGCUGCUGGGCUCUACCGUACGCGAGUGCCUGUCCACCGGGCUGUGGAGCGGCACCGAGACCCAGUGCUUCGCGGGUCACUGUGGCAUGCCGGAGCACAUUGUGAACGGGCAGGUGAUUGGUGAGAACUACGGCUACCGGGACACAGUGGUGUACCAGUGCAUUCCCGGCUUCCGCCUAAUUGGCUCCUCCGUCCGGAUCUGCCAGCAGGACCACAGCUGGUCAGGACAGCUCCCGGCGUGUGUGCCCAUCAGCUGCGGACACCCGGGCAGCCCCAUCUACGGGCGCACCAUCGGCAAUGACUUCAACCUCAACGACGUGGUGACCUUCUCCUGCAACACGGGCUACAUGCUGGAGGGUCCGUCCCGAACCCAGUGCCAAGCCAACCGCCAGUGGAGCCAACCCCCACCAGUCUGCAGAGUGGUGAACUGCUCAGACCCUGGAGUGCCAGCCAGCGCUGUUAGAGAGAGUAAGAUCGGGCAGGGGAACUUCACCUACGGGACGGUGGUGUUCUACAUCUGCAGUCCUGGUCAUUACCUGUUCGGGUCAUCUGUGCUCACCUGCCAGCCCACUGGUCACUGGGACAGGCCCUUACCAGAGUGCAUAGUCAUCGAGUGCGGUCACCCGGGCUCCCCGCCCAGUGGAGCUCUGAUCGGGGAUAAGUUCACCGUGGGGUCCACCGUGCACUACUCCUGCUCAGACGGCCGGGAUCUGAAGGGGCCUACGUCACGCACCUGCCAGCCCAACGGCCACUGGAACGCCUCCAUGCCGCACUGCUCAGGUGACACAGCUGGCUCUUGUGGAGACCCAGGCACGCCUGCUCACGGGAGCAGAGAGGAGAGCAGUUUUCGGGUGGGUGGAAAGGUGCGCUUCACUUGUUCCACGGGCUCCACGCUGUACGGUUCAGCUGAGCGGAUGUGCUUCCCUAAUGGCACCUGGUCUGGAAAGCAGCCCACCUGCAAACCGGUGCACUGUGGGAACCCUGGCACUCCUGCUAACAGCCGCGUGUUCCACAUGGAGGGCACUAGCUACUCCCACUCCAUCGUUUACACCUGCAUGGACCGCUACCUGCUCUCUGGGUCUCCUGUCCGCCAGUGUCUGGCCAACGGCACGUGGUCUGGAAACCCACCAAACUGCACCAUGAUCUCCUGUGGAGACCCGGGGGCUCCAGCCAAGGGUCUGAGGUAUGGAGAUGACUUCUCUGUCGGGCAGAAUGUCACGUUCCUGUGCCAGCCCGGGUUCAUCAUGGAGCCUGCUGACUCUGCUAGCUACACCUGCACCCUCAACGGCACGUGGAGCGGGGUCACGCCCGCCUGCACCGCUGUGACCUGCGGCCCACCCCCGGUCGUCUCUAAUGGGCUAGUGGAGGGUGGGGACUUCCAGUGGGGCUCCGGUGUGAGCUACAGCUGCUCAGCAGGGUACGAGCUCUCCUUCCCCGCUGUCCUCACCUGUGUGGGGAGCGGUUCCUGGAGCGGCGAUCUGCCCCAGUGCUUGCCCAAAUUCUGCGGGGACCCUGGCAUUCCUGCGCAGGGAACGAGAGAAGGCCGCAGUUUCAUCUACCAGUCAGAGGUGUCCUUCAGUUGCAGCGCACCUUACAUCCCAGUGGGCUCAACAACACGCAUCUGCCAAGCCGACGGCUCCUGGAGUGGGAUUCAGCCACGAUGCAUAGAACCGACCCGCACCACGUGUGAGAACCCUGGAACGCCUCGCCACGGCGCUCUGAACAGAACCGCAGGCUUCAAGGUGGGCAGCGUGAUACAUUUCCAGUGCCAGGCCGGAUACCUUCUACAGGGCUCAACCACCCGGCUGUGUCAACCCGACUUCACCUGGAGCGGUUCCCAGCCUGAAUGCAUCCCCCACGCCUGUAAGCAGCCAGAGAGCCCCUCCCAUGUGAACGUGGUGGGAAUGGACCUGCCUGGCUUCGGGUACACCCUGGUCUACAGCUGCCAGGAUGGCUUCUUCCUGUCUGGGGGAUCAGAGCAUCGGGUGUGCAGGUCUGAAGGGACGUGGACGGGGAAAAUGCCAGUGUGCCGGGCUGGCUCAAAAUUAUCUGAGAAAACAAUUAAACCUGUUCCAGGAACACCAAGUCCCAAAAUAACUGUGCCUGAUGACGUCUUCACUCCUGACUACAUCUGGAAAGGCUCGUAUGAAUACAGAGGCCGAAAGCACCCGAUGACAUUGAGCGUCACAAGCUUUAAUACGACCACGGGGAGGGUCAACGUCACACUGACCAACAGUCAUAUGGAGCUGCUGCUGUCAGGAGUUUAUAAAAGCCAGGAAGCGAGGCUAAUGCUCUUUGUGUACCACGCGACAGCAGCAUCUCACGUAGUGCUGAGCAGGAUUAAAGAGCAGACCUGGUCCAUGGACGGUUUUGUUUCUGCAGAACCUGACGGUGCCACCUAUGUGUUUCAAGGCUUCAUACAGGGUAAAGACUACGGCCAGUUCGGACUGCAGAGAAUAGGUCUGAACGUGUCACAGAGCGAUAACUCCUCCAGUGCUCCCUCUGGUACCAGCAGUGCCUCUGUUGCCAUAGCAAUCCUCGUGCCUUUUCUCGCUCUGAUUUCUGCAGGCUUCGGGUUUUACCUCUAUAAACAGCGGACCACACCUAAGAUGCAGUAUUCAGGCUGUUCACCGCAUGAGAACAACAACGGCCAGGCAGCCUUUGAGAAUCCUAUGUACAACACCAACGCAAAAUCCAUAGAAGGAAAAGCUGUUCGGUUUGAUCCAAACCUCAACACUGUCUGCACAAUGGUUUAACAAAGUUGGCGAAAUGGACAACUUUUUUGUUCUAAUGCUUUGCCAAACUAAAUGUCGUCAAGCUUCUGAUUCCAGAAGAUGCACGUCCACAUAUAUUUUAAAGCACACUUUUCAGGAACCAAUGAACGAUGUGCAUCGGAAAGACAUCAGAGUCCUAUAUCAACCGACAUUGAUAUCGACUGAUGAAAACCCAUCUUCACGACCAGAGUGGAGUUUUCUUUCCUUACUUUAUAUGCACUCUGAGAGUGCUUUUUUAAAUUUAACCUAUCUGUACAUCUACUUGCAUAUAUAUGAGGAGCAUUCACCACCUAUAUUUUUGUGCUAUAUAUAAAACAUAUAUAUAUAUAUAUAUAUAAAGCAUUGGGGUGGAUGUGAGUUGAUGAAGCUGAUUCAGAUAUGCCUUUCACUUCACAGAAAUGGCAGAAUCCUGUUUCUGCGAGUCUCUUCACUGGCCUCUUAGUUUCAUACACUUCCUUGCUUCAGUUUUCUUAAAAAGAGAUGAGACAGUGGUGAUAGACUGUGGUACCCCUUCCGAAUGCCUGAAUACAGAGCAGAUAGAAUACGAUCAAUCCUCAUUGUAUAUUGGCCGUCCAUAGUUUUCUUUGUAAGUUGCUAUUUUUGUCUCAUGUUUUCGGUUCCAUUAUCCCAUCAGCUCUAAUGUACUGAAUCAGUAUUUCCCCUGCAUUUUUAAUGUCCAAAAUGAUUAUAUCAUGCUGAUUUUUGCAAAGCAGUGUUUUAUGGUGGACUACAAAGAUUUCUCUACAUAUGCCAUAUGCUAACAUAAUCAUUGUUUUGUCAUGACUGCUUGGCAUUUACUCAAGCAGAAAUACAUUGAAUGUGUUUGUGACCUGUAACUGAUUCAGUCCAUACUGCACAUUUCAUUAUUUAUUAUUUAUUUAUUCAGCCUACAGGGAAACUAUACCACGCACCUAUUCCAGCUGAGAGGAUGAUAUUGUAUGUUCGGGCGAAAGACUUUCCUCAUAGUGAUGCUUUGAUUUCGUGAUUUAAAACCACUGCACUAUGGGAAUUAUUCACAUUUAAGAAAAAAAUAUUUGUUGUUUGUUAAUUGAUUUGUUUGUUCAUUAAUUGUCUAUAUACCUUAAGUUGUACCUAUUUAAAAUGGAUCAAAUGGAUUUAUUUUAGAUAUAUACAUUUUAUUAUAUAUAAUACACAUAUCUUAUACAUGAUUCAGUUACCAUGUGUGAUAUACACUCACCGAGCACUUUAUUAGGAACAUUUUUACUUUAUUACACCGACUUAUUAAUGCGAUUAUCUAAUCAGCCAAUUGUGUGGCAGCAGUGCAAUGCAUACAAUCAUGUAGAUACGGGUCAGGAGCUUCAGUUAAUGUUCACAUCAACCAUCAGAAUGUGGAAAAAAUGUGAUCUAAGUGACUUUGACCGUGGUCUCAUUGUCGGUGGCAGACUGGGUGGUUUGAGUAUCUCAGAAAUUGCCGACCUCCUGGGAUUUUCAAACACAUUAGUCUCUAGUGUUUGCAAAGAAUGGAGCAAAUAAACAAAAAACAUUCAGUGAGCAGCAGUUCUGCAGACAGAAACACCUUGUUAAUGAAAGGCAUCAGAGGAGAAGGGCCAGACUGGUCAAAGCUGACCGGAAGGUGACAGUAACGCAAAUAACCACACAUUACAACAGUGGUAUGCAGAAGAGCAUCUCUGAACACACAACACAUCAUAGCUCUAAGCAGAUAGACUACAGCAGUAGAAGUCUAAAAAAUAAGUCAAAUAAAUACCUAAUAAAGUGCUCACUGAGUAUAUAUGUACAGUAUAUAUACAUAUAUAUACACACAUACACAGUAUAUGUUCCAUUACCAAUUCAUACUUAGUUUAGUAAAAACAUUUCAUUCCUUUCAAUGAAUCUCAGAUGAGAUUUGCACCAACAUGCAUACAUUAAGUAGUAACAGGAAAGGGUUGGUUAGAGGAUUCAAAAACAUAUAAUUCAUCAGAGUGCCUUGUUCAUUAACCCUUUGAAGAUAAAUCUCAUUUAGGAAGAGACAACAACAGAACUGGAAUAUGUGCUGUAAUUAUUUGAGACUGAUGGUUGUAGACUUUAGAAUUGUUCAUGCAUCAAUACGGUGUGAUCAGUAAAUCAUUGUUUAAUUAUCUGAAUAACUUUUUAUACAAGUGGAAAACCUUCAUAUUGGGCCUAUAUGAACAUGCAAAUUUAUAAUUAUCAUCCAAUUUCUCAGUAUUUAAGUCGUCUAAAUUCAAAAACAUCUACCAAAAAAAUUCCCAAGCCCAAUGCUGCUACUUUCUCCAUUUUCUUGUAUUUAUUUAUUUCUGUUUCUGAAUUAAAAGUUUGAAUAUAAAGUUGUGUUAUGCAGUUUAUUUGACCCUGAAGGCUGUUUUUCCACUCUUUUUUGUUGCAUUGCUUUCCUGUUAAUGACUGCAAUAAAUGCAAACACCCAUGGACACUUUCACUCACAAUUACAACUGUCUGCCGUACAGCUGGGUACUCCUCGUAUGUCAAUGCAUUUGAAAGAAAAGAAACUAAACAAGAUAUUUAAACAAGCUCUUUUUUGUAAAAAAAAAAUAUAUUUUUACUACAAAAUCAUUUGUAAAAUUAUGAAUCUGUUGUGUAAAUUUAAAAAAAAUAUUAAAAGAAAUAACUAUUGCUUUUGUAA